UGUGAAAAGUUUGUGAAAGUGGCCUGACGUCACACUCCCACAAUGCUCGCGCGCCCCAUAACUCUGCUGCUGCAGCCUGAGGAGCGCGAGACACUCAGGCCCCGAAAAAAGAAAAAUUAGAGAAAAAAAUUGGAAAAAAAUAAUAAACCAACAGAUCAAGAGGUGAAAGACCGGGGACGGUGGUGUGGGGCUCCCACGAGUGAAGAUAAUGAUGAGCACUAUCAUCAUCUACUCCGCCUCAGUCAUGGCAGGUGGGACUGGAUGAGAGUGUGAAGACAAUUUCGGAGCCUGCAUCCCCUUAAACGUUGCUGCGAUAUCGAACCAGAGCCUGGAAGGCAGGGCAGCCACGGCCGAGUUUCAAUGGCAACGGCACCCUAGGGCUGCCAUGGCAGCAUCUGCCGCCGAUGCCCCACACCAUAUUGCCACACUGACGCUGGAGGACAAGGAACAACGAGGCGCCACCAAAGUGUUUGGAGGUCCCGCUGCAGGGAGGACAGAAAGAGAGGCAGAGAACGAGAAAGAGAGGGAGAGGGACGGGAGAGGCAGUGGGAAAGAGUGUUUGGUGUGCGGUGCCCUCUUCAGCUCACAGGACAAGCUCCGGCUCCACGCGUUCUGUCACACAGGAGAGAAACCUUUCCACUGUUCCCAGCCCCAUUGCCCGAAGGCUUUCAGCUCCAAAUAUAAGCUCUUUAGGCAUAUGGCCACACACUCCCCACAGAAAACUCAUCAGUGCUCAUUUUGCGAAAAGAUGUUUCACCGCAAAGAUCACCUGAAAAACCAUCUGCAGACUCACGACCCCAAUAAAGAGGCUUUUAAGUGUGAAGAGUGUGGCAAACACUAUAACACAAAGCUGGGCUACAAGCGCCACAUGGCCAUGCACUCAGCCACAGCUGGUGAUCUUACCUGUAAGGUGUGCUUGCAAAGCUACGAGAGCACGCCUGCACUCUUGGAGCACCUCAAGAGCCACUCAGGCAAGUCUUCAGGUGGUACCAAGGAGAAGAAACACCCCUGUGACCACUGUGAUCGUCGCUUUUACACCCGAAAGGAUGUUCGCCGACACAUGGUGGUACACACAGGACGCAAAGACUUCCUGUGCCAGUACUGUGCCCAACGUUUCGGGCGGAAGGACCAUCUGACACGGCAUGUCAAGAAGAGCCACUCGCAGGAGUUGCUGAAGAUCAAGACAGAGUCUCCAGAUAUGUUGGGUAUACUUGGGUCUGGUUCUCCACCUUGUGCUGUGAAAGAAGAGAUAAGUCCUAUGAUGUGCAGCAUGGGACCCACCAAGGACUCAAUGAUGGCAAAGCCUUUCCAUGGUGCCACCCCUUUUCCCAUGGGCAUGUAUAACCCUCAUCAUCUCCAGGCCAUGUCCAAUCCGGGUGUGGGCCACCAUCACUCACUGGUUCCAGGGUCUUUAUCCACUUCCAUGGGAAUAGGUUGCCACAUGGAGCCGCCAUCAUCACUGCACCACCAUCACCCACAUCAUCAUCACCUUCACCACCCUCAUCAUCAUCAUCACUCCCCACCUCCACAUCAGCAACAGUCUACCCUACAAAAUCAGCAACAGCAGCACCCUCAGCCACCGCCCAAGUACCAGCUCGGAUCUACCUCAUACCUGCUGGAGAAGCCCCUGAAGUUGGAGAUGGAGAGUUUCCUGAUGGAUCUACAGAGUGGACUCCAGGUACCUCCAUCAACCGACCCCCACUCAGCAGCGUCGCCCAAUAAGGAGGGUAUGGAACCUUCGGCAGGAUUGUCGGAUGAACUUUGCGGGGACGCACUCUUGUCCAAGAGCCCUGCUGUCAUUGAGUCUUUGUGUGCUGCUAACAUGGAUUUUUCUCAUCUUCUGGGCUUUCUUCCGCUCAAUCUGCCACCCUACAGUGCCCCCAUGAGUUCAGGAGGACUGGUAAUGGGUUACUCCACCAUUUCUUCUUCCUCAUCAUCGUCAGCAUCUUCGCAUGCUGCCGAACCACAUGCUGCCACAGCUGCAGUGCCUCUUACCUCUUUGCAACCUCAACCUCAGGAGCAACCAGGCUCCAGUGGGGGUCUCAGUCUUGGGUCUCUGCACCCACUCCCACCAGUGUUCAGCUCUAGCCUCAGUACGACCACUCUGCCUCGCUUUCACCAGGCCUUUCAAUGAGGUCCCCACCCCAACCCUGGCCUGCCACAGUGCCUCGGGGCAGAGGAGCUUUAGUGCUCCCCCUAGGGGUGGGGAGGUAGAACACUUGAACACGUAGAAUCCUUAACAAAAGCGCACAACAGCUUUUAAAUGAGCCUGGAGGAAAACAAGCAUAUGAAAUAUUAUGGAGCUUUUAUUUAGGCUGAAUUUUAGCUAUGAUUUUUUUAAUACCCUUUUGAACCUCUCCCACCAUCCCCUCUCCUAAAAUUGUGUAGUUAGACAGCAGCAUCAGUAGGCCAUAAGGCAUGGUACUGCAUACUUUAUAAAGUAAUAAUAUUAGUAGAAAAAGAUUAAUGUAGAGAAGUUAAUCUGUCUUUGAGACUCUGAAAGACUAGUUUGAAGUGAUAUAUGAAUUUAGUUUUCUUUUCCAAAUGUGAGGCCUGACUUAGCUCUGUUGUCUCUAUUCUGUUAAGCUUAAAGUCAGGUAAUAGUUGGUUGCCCUUAAACUAAAACCGUCUUCAUGGCCAGGAGUGGAAGAAUUAGUGAAGGAAUGAAGGAGUGAAAUGGGUUUAUAUCUGAUUCAAGACUCAAUCAAAUCCCUAUUAUUAAAAAUUCAUAUCAGUAUUUCAAAAGCAGUUUAAGAACAACGCCUGUACCUGAUUAGAUGAAAAUAUAAUCUAAAAUGCGUUCCUCCAGAACUUUUGGUUACAAAUACAAAUUUACAUUUGUUGGAAUGGUGAAAUAACUCGUUUUUAUGUCAGAGAAGCAGAGGGACUGAAAGUAGAAAGGCAAAGAGGGUUAAAACAACUGCACACUUUGUUCAUUUGGUACAAUGUGAACACUGACAGAACUAAAAAAGCAAAAGAAAUUUACAUUAAAAUCUUACAGGUUUACAAUUUAUUUCAAAAGAAGCACUUUGUUUACAGCAGAAGGCACUUGACCUCUUUGGGUUGCCAAGGUGACCCACUGAAACCCCCUCCUCCCUUUCCCCACUCUACCUUCACACUUCCUGAAAAGAGACUACCAUUAGACACACACACACACACACAGUUCAAACAUCCUCCAAGUACUUUUGAAUAAUCCACAGCAAUCCGAGUCUCUAAAUGGUUUUCCUCCUUCCAGCACUAAUUUUAAAUCUCCUACAACUAUAUCUCACUUCCACAUUCUUCCCGCCAGAUCAUGAUAUAAAAUAUAUGUAUUUUAAGAAUAAAAAAAAGUAUUUUAGUCAGGUUUAUAUUUUAGAGAGACGUACAUUUGUAAUGAUAACCCUGGUAUAUGUGAAUGGAAAAAAAAGACAAAACAAAAACAAUUUUCUUUUGCAGUGUACAAAGUACCACAUCAAAAAUAUAUAUUAUAAUUGCUUCUCAAGUACAUUUUGUAAUUUAGAUAGUUGUAUAAAAAAAAAAAUUGCUGAUGGAUUUAAAAAUAAAUGUCUAGCAGGUUUACAGAAUUAUGUAUCUUGCAUCAUAUUGAACAAAAUGAAGUAUUAGCUUUUCCCUAUAGCUUUUCCUGUUCCUUGUUUUUCCGUGUGAGUCAAAGGAGAUGAAUAGGAUGGGAUUUGACCUGCAUAUUAUAGACUAAUAGUGGCAUAAUCCAGUAGAAUGGACUAGUCUUUAAUCUUUAGAGCAAGUACUAGAGGCCCAAAAUGUGAUCCAGGUUUCAGUUUGCGUGUUUUUUUUUUUUUUUUUUUCAGUAUUCGAUCAGACCUGAUUAAAGCUGUCUAUUUGUGUGUUUGGUUGUACAGAGCCUUUGGUUUAACCGCACUGAAAUGUCUGAAACCACAAUUCCAAUUGCUGUAGGGUCAGUUUGGAUUUACGAAAACAGGAGUUAAGAGGGGUUUUGUCAUAUAAUCUCUUAUAAAUUGCCAUCUCACAGUAAGUGGACUGCACAAGUUCUUACCAAAUAAUCAUUCAUUACCAAUGGCCAUGUGAGGAAGAAACAGAUGACCAGCAGUACCAGCAGUCAUUUUCUUUCUCUUCACAUAAUCCAUUUUGGGUAAAUCUAUUCUGUGUCCACAUCUGUGUAUAUAGUGAAUGUGAAUAUCUCCCAAGCAGGAAAGACCAUAGAAAGGUAAAAGUCCACAUCACAAAACUAAGACGAAACAAUAUUAUGCUGCUCUUUGUGCUGUGGUUGCCAGCAACCAUAGACCACUCUGGAAACAUUUGAAACUGCAAAUGAUCUUUUAGCAGAAAACAUGCACAGUAGUACACAUGUUUGUCCGUUUUCUCUGUUCUUCAGCUGCUUUGAUUCGAAUGAACAUUUUAUGAAAAGGGUCUGAAAAGAGACACAAAGAAGUCACCAGCCUGGUCUUUGACAUUCAAAGCAUGGGACAUUUGAUUGGGAUAUUGCCUAGUCGUUUUGUCAUUAUAUUAAUUCUGUUCGUUGAAACAGGACCUCAAAACAACACAACGCAUCACCUCAUUUAUUUGUUUUUGUUUGUUUGUUUUUUCAUACAAAAAAAAAAAAAAAAAACCUGGGGAGAAGAAACUUCUUUUUGCACAAUUGCUAACUAAAGAAUAAUUGAGUUAGUGUAGCUUAUACGGUAAGAGUGAUUCUUUUAGAAAUAAUUGUUUCAUUAGAAAGCAAUAAACAUCCUGCAUUAUCAGUGGGCUGAUAAUGAUUCACAGGCAUUCAUGGAUUCUUGGACAUUUUUCCAACAAAUAAUAAAAUAAUAAUAAGAAUUAAAAAAAAAAAAAAAAACAUAAGGACAUUUAAAAUGAAUGGAACUGGACAUUCUAAAUGUGUACGGACAAAAUUAUAAAAUUUAUUAAAAUAAAACAAAACAAUAGAAUUGAACAUAUUCUCGUAUUAGGCUUGAAGCUAUCAAAACUUUUUUUUUUUUUAUAUAUAGAUAUAAUUUAUAAUUUAUUUUUAUGAAAUAGGAGGAUAUAUGUUUAACAACAAAAUAAGGCUUUUGGCAAUUUUUGAGUUUGUCCUCCCUGGGUUUUCUGUGAGCUGAUCUGAAUUCUAGCACUUUUAAACCUUAAAAAAAAAAGAAGAAAAAAAAAGAGAGUAUUUUUCAGCCUUGUAUGUUUAUAUGUUUUUAAUUUUGUAUUUGAUCUUGUAUGUGCCAUUAGUUUGAUGUGUAGAGUGUAUUCUUCAUCUUUAUGUGAAUUGUUUUUUUUUCCUCCUCUCCCAAAAGAGUAACAGUAUUUUAGAUAGAUUUUCACUAAUAUUAACUGCAUUGGCCCUUUUCAAAUGUUGUCUUGUCAUACAUAUGAGGAAGUCAUUUAAUCUUAUUAUAAUAGAUGUUAGAGUAACAUGCUCAGAAUCAAUCUCAGAAUUUUGAAACUUGAUCAAAUCAUCAAUGCCACAAACAAAGCAAAAGCCUUUUCCAUCUCCAUCUAUAACUGUUUUGAGGUGUUUUCAGUCAGCAUUUAUAAAAGCAAGCUGGCAGGCUCAACUGGUGGGAAAUUAUUCCCAGCUCUCUGCCCCCCAAAAAAGCACUUUUGGUUCAAAUGAAGUUUUAUAUAAUAACUACCUGCGCCACAUCUGAUUUUAGUUUUUUUUUUGUUUUUUUUUUAACCAGCAAGACAGAUUAACCAAGUUAAAAUGAUCUUUUCCUCUCUUGUAUCAAUGCACUUGUCUUUUAUUCCCCAAAUACUAGUUGGUACCUAUAACAGAAAUGUUAAGGGAAAUUAUUAGGUAACCAAGCCAGAGUAAAUCAAAACAAUCGGACUUUUAAGAAAAGGAAAAAUGAUUCGAUAAAAUGCUCUUUCGGCUUUUAGUGAGAAAAUGGGUACGUCCGCAGAGGACAAAAUCCACUUGUAGUUUGAUAUAUUUUAGCUUAAUGUAAGUCUUGCAUUCCAAGCUUUUUAUGUAACUUGUUUAGCAAUAUAGUCCUUCUAUUUUUAGUACUUGCUUAUUACCAUGACUUCUGGAAAAAAGGUGAAAAUAAAUAAUGGAAUAUUCAUCCUUACACUAUUUUAUAUAACAUGGAGCUGAUGAUUGACAGGACGAAUUGUAAUAAAAAUGCAUAAUGGCAACAAACAGUCUGCUUUUUUGUUACACAGCUCACCUGCGAUCAGUUGCUGCAUUGUAAAGUUGACAGAUUUGUAUAUUGGUUGAUCCAAAGAGAUGACAUUUACAACAAUCCUAUUUACUUACUGUACAGUACAUUGUACUAUUUGACUUGUAAUGUGUUAUGUUAAAAAUGAUUAAAAGACAAACCCACGG